GAAAUCGAGUCGUGCGAAAUUUUAUUUAAAAAAAAAAUAAGGAAGACAAAAAUUUCAAUUUCUUUUGUUUUUUUAAAAAAUAGAAGAAGAAAAUCGUGAAACAGGAAAAAGUGAAAAAAGUUUUGCAUAGUGCGAAAUAAUGAUUAAUUUGUGGAUAAUUUUGUGUUUAUUUAACGGAAUCAAAAGCUCAAUAACGUUAAGAAUUGAGGCUCCUGAAAAGAGUGAUAGUGAUAAAGAAUUCAUAAUCAACCUCGCAUCUCGCCUAUUUACCCACAAGAAUCCAUUAAACAUUUCGCAAUACGAUGAAGUGUCAUAUAACUGUCGACGAGACUACGCGCACUAUUUGCACUCGUUGACAUCGUUUGACUUGUGGGCACUUCAGAUGUAUGAUGCUAGUGGACAUUUCUCUACUGGCAUAUUAAGAGGAAAUGCAAACAGUUUUGGUGAUUAUGAAGAAUGUUUGAGUGUCCACAAUGAGAAAUUGAGAAUAAAUGGUAAACAUUGCUAUAUUGAGAUGCAGCCACAUGUGAACGGAUCAGCUGAAUAUCUCAAUUAUAUACGUGAACUCGUUCAAUCAUUUGAGAUUAUCAAGUCAAAAAUAACCGAUCCUUCUCACAUUUUCGCUCAUUUUUCAUCAAUUGUUUACGGAAUUUGUGUUCCUUCUUCAUGCACGCACGAAGAUGUAAUGAUAGCGGCAAAAACAUUCUUGACUGAUUUUACGAAAAAUACUGGUUUACACUUUGAUAUUCAAGUUACAAAGGAGAUGUGUCAUGAGGCUGAUGACAAAUCGCAUCACUUUAGGAUGAACAAUGGAACGAAAAUUACCAUUGCCGUCUUCCUCAUCAUUUUUAUGAUAUCCAUAUUCUCAACAUAUCAAGAUGUUAAUUCGAAGGACAAAAAUCAAUGGUUACAUGCUUACUCAAUAUCAAGAAACUAUAAAAGUUUAGUCUCAGCUGACCGAUCGGAUGAUGAUGUUAAGGUCAUUCAUGGAAUCAAAUUUGUGACUGCUAUAUUAAUAUUUUUGUGUCAUAAGACGGUAGACAGCUUGGUGCCAAUUGUAAAUCGAACAAAAAUUGCAUUAAAGUCAUCAGAAUCGUCAUCAAUAAUUGUGAGAAUCUGUGCACUGUACACAGAUGUGUUCCUCAUGCUGAGCGGUGUUCUUGUCGCGUAUUCAAUAACAAAUAGAUUAAUGCGUCAACAGCGAGUCAACGUUGUCCGAGAAUAUAUAUCGCGAUAUUUGAGGAUUGUUCCAAACAUUAUUGUUGUUAUGCUGACAACGGCUUAUAUUUUGCCAAUAAUCUCGUAUAGAACAACACAUCGAAUGUCUGUUGUUGACAAGCCAGCCGAGCUUUGUAUAAAUUAUGGAUGGAGGAAUUUACUCAUGAUACAAAAUUGGUUUAAAUUUGAGGAGAUGUGCAACUUACACACGCAUCAUAUCGGAACUGAUUUUGAACUUUUUCUAUUCAGUCCGCUUUUAUUGAUGUUGAUGCAAAAGUCGCCGAGGAAAGGAAUUAGUUUUGUGGUCUUUCUCACAAUUAUUUCAACAUUUUUGAGAUUUUAUGCAAAUUAUAGUCACAAUUUGUAUUACUUUGUUCCAUUCUCUGCCAACCUGUCGACAUUGAUUGAUACAGCAAAUUAUUUAUACACUUUACCAACACAUCGGUUCACAGUCUAUGGAAUGGGAUUAUUGUUAGGAUUUAUAUUAAGAAAAUUGAAAUAUGUGAAGCUUAAAAAGUAUCAAAUUAUGCUAGGAAAUGUAAUAAGUGCGAUUUCUACAACGAUAAUUUAUAAAGCUUGCGUAAGAAUGACAGGAUUGGAUGUGGAAUAUGAUAGAGGACUUCAUGCUCUUUAUGCUGCUUUCGCGCCAAUUUUAGUUUGUGUUCCAGUUUCAUGGUUAAUCUUUGCAUCUCAAAAUGGAUAUAGAAAUAUGCUCAUAGAUUUCCUGCAGUGGAAAGGCUUUACAGUCACAACAAAGUUAUGUUAUGCAUUUUAUUUGGUUCAAAUUCCUGUGUUUCAAGUGCAGAUUGCAAAUAGACGUGAUGUUCGAUUCUUGAAUGGAUUUUCAAUGCUGAAUCUGAAUGAAAUUUUCGUCAUUUGCCUCAUCACUGUAGCCACAACACUCAUAAUAGAAAUGCCGGUAAUAAACUUGAAAAACAUUGCAUUCGGCUACAAAAAGCCAAAGUUGCCGGUAAAUAAAUGUGCAGUGAGUUCAAACCAAACAAUGAAUGGAAAUGGAAGCAUUCAUAUUUUGAACGGCAAUGUUUCAAAAACAUUCGAAGAGAAAGUCGAGUAAAAAUGAAUGAAAUGAAGAUGUCGUGAGGUGUCUGACAGCCAUGAUUGUCGAAUGGUUCAAUAGAAUUUAUGUAAAAACUUAAGAAAAAUCAUAAUUUAUUUAUAAAGAAUUUAUGCAAAGUUAAAUAUUGGCAAUAUAGAAUAAUUGCAAUCUAUUAGAAUUGAGCUUAAUUAUGUUUAACUUAUUUAUUUAUUAGCUUUAAUGAGUGAAAUUUA